AUGAGUGACAUAGAAAGUGACAAUCAAGAUGGAGAUAGUGAUGAAGAGAUGGAUAGUGAGCAAGAAGAUCUAGAACUUCAACAAGCAUUAAAAGAAGGCCGAUUACAACCGGGUCUCAAUAUUGAAGAAAAACCAAAACGACCACUUAUUAAUAAUAAAAAAGCUCUUGAUGCUAAAUAUACCGAAUUAUAUCUUAAUCUUCCAUGGACCGAACGUCUUGAUUGCACAAAUGCUCCAUUAUCAUCAAAAGAUGCUGAGAUUAUUGAGAAUAAUGAAGACUUAGCUGAUAGUGAUUUUAAACGUGAAAUGUUGUUUUAUCGACAAGCUCAAGCAGCAGUUAUCGAUGCUUUGCCAAAAUUAAAAAAGGCAAAUAUUUCAACAAAGAGACCAGAUGAUUAUUAUGCUCAAAUGGCAAAAUCCGAUGAACAUAUGAAAAAAAUACGAGAAUAUUUAGUCAAUCGUAAAACUGAUAUUGAAAGACGAGAAAAGGUGCGAAAAUUACGAGAACUGCGAACAUUUGGCAAAAAAGUUCAACAAGAAGUAUUGCAAAAACGCCAAGAAGAAAAAACACAAUUAUUGAAAACAAUGAAAAAAAUACGAAAAGGCAAGAAAGAAGGUGUUAGAGAAUUGGAAGAAUCACUUGGAGAUCGAAAGAAAAGAGUGAUGCAACCAACAAAAAAUGGAAAACAAGAUAUGAACAGCAAAAAACGAAAAAAUAGUCGACUUGAAUAUAAAAACAAGAAAUUUGGUUUUGGUGGUAAAAAGCGUAAUAUGAAGAAAAAUACAGCUGAAAGUUCAGCGGAGAUUGGAGGAAAGAGUAACAAAUGGGAGAGACCGUCAUUUCAUGCACAAAAAGCGAAAAAAGGUAAAAAUAAACAAGCACGUCCGGGUAAAACAAAUCGUCAGAAAAUGAAAGCUAGAAAAUAG